AUCAUUUCGGGCUUGUCUCGGGCGCUCGAAGAGUUCACACACUCUUACCUUCCUUCAUCAUGGAUCCUUCAAGCUUGAGACAGAAGUUCUACCGCUUUCGAAUCCUCAUUAUAGGAAGAGCGAAUGCAGGGAAGACCACCAUUCUCCAGAGGGUUUGCCAGACAAGGGACAACCCAGAAAUAUAUGACAGUGCCGGGAAACAGAUCGAUGCCUCCGUUUUGGCGGCAUCCAGAGAGCGUGGAUUGCACAAUAUUGAAAAUGAAAUGGUGUUUCGAACUAACCCAAGAUUCGUCUUUCACGAUUCACGCGGGUUUGAGGCAGGAGGACAAUCUGAAUUCAACAAGGUGAAGGCUUUUAUUGCAAGCCGUUCUGAGGAACAAGCUUUAACCAAUCGAAUCCAUGUUAUAUGGUACUGCAUUCCAAUGGAUGAGGAUAGCAGGUCUUUCACAGAAGCGGAAGUCAAGUUUUUCUCUCAGUGUGACACCGGAAGCAUUCCAGUAAUGGUGUUGUUUACCAAAUUCGACGCCCUCUACGACGAUAUACAUGCAGAGCUAAUGAGUAAGGGAGUAUCGAGGAAAGAUGCUGACGGACUGGCCCCGCAGCACGCCAGAGAGUCAUUUGCCAACGGGCCACAACUAAAGCUUUUGUACAGCGGCAAGGGCAGCCAGCGUCCUCCAAAAUGUCAUAUAUGUCUUCCUGAUAUGGAUAAGGAUGAUGCAGACUGCACGCCGCUCAUUGAACACACGGCUGAAACUUUGGACGAUGAUAUGCUCAAACAGUUGUUUGUCUCCACUCAGCGGACCAACUUGGAGGUGUGCAUCAGAGACGCAGUCAAAAGGACACUUGCGCAGCAAGCAGUCUCAGCUCGCAUAUUCGGGAAAUUUCAGGAUAGUAAGAUUGUAGAUGAAUUGGGUGCCUGGUUUCCACAGACUUAUGGAGUACGUCUGUUGACCAUCCCCACUAGUAUGCUGACAUGAGGUAUCAUUAAUCUGUUGACAGUUUGACGUGAGUGUCUUGAUGCUCUGUCGAGCUCGAGCCUCGCUGACCCAACCCAUUUGUGAUCCCUUGACAGGACGUGAGUGUCUUGAUCCUCUGUCGAGCUUGAGCAUCGCUGACCGAACACAUUGAUGAUCCCUUGACAGUUGGUGAGUGUCUUGAUCCUCUGUCG